AUGAAGGGUCCCAAAAAGAAAAAGUCUGCGGGUACUAAGAAGAUUAGUAAAGCUGAACGGAUGAGGAUGCUAAGAGAAGAAGAAGAACGGCGACUAUUUGAGGAAGAGCAAGCCCGCUUACGUGCUGAGCAGGAACAAGCUGUGAAGGCUGAAAGGGAGCGUAUUGAAAGAGAGAAGACGGAGCGCCUUGAAGCCAAAGAUCAAGAACGCCGGGGUGAGGAGUUAGCUGAACUUUCUGAGUUAGAAGAGAGCUUUUUCCUUGCGAGUGAAUGGAAGCUGAAAAGUAAAGCCCUGGCUAAGCUCAUUGCCAAGUUGGAAAUGUACGUCCUGGAGACUCCGUUUGAUGAGCUUCCUUCCAGUGUUGUCAUUCAGUACCAGGAGACCAUUGUGCACCUGCAGAAUUUGCUUCAUCACAAAUACAACCAAGCCACAGAGCAUCUGCUGAAGCAAGCCAGUAGUUAUGGAGAAUCUGAAAGUGGAAAUAUGGAACUUGUCAUGAAAGAGAAGGACAUUACGCUGUGCCUUUGGGCCAAUCUCAAGAAGAAUGCAAGAUUCCGGAGCCAGUUGUUUUAUGAUGAGAACCGGCAACCCUGCCAUGGCUUUGACCUCCCCAAGCCGCUGACCACCUGCGAUGUGGCCGUACGCAUCUUGCACACCCGCUAUGACCACUUGUCGUCUUUUCAAGCUUUUCCCAAAGAGCUCCCAAAGCUGGACCUCCCGUCCACAGAGGGGGUGGCUCAGCCCAGUGUGGACACAGACGUCCAAAAUGAAGAGACCCUGAAAGACGUUACUGAGAUCAAAACGGAAACCUCAGUGAGAACCAUGACCUUCAGCGAUGUCUUCAGUUAUUCGGAAAGAAGAAGGAGCAGCAGCUCCCGGGGCUCUGGAAGUAGAGAAGAUCAUUACAACAAAAGCUCCUUUUUCCUUCACUCCACCUCCAGAGCUCACGUUUCAGCCCUGCGGCUCUUCGAUAUCAGCGAGUUGGACAUCCUCGAAGAUUACACGGUGGAUUUGCACCAGUUCAUGACAGUGGGAGGCGUCUACUAUUGCGAUUUGCUGAAGCUCCCACCUCAAGCCAAGCAAGUCAAGGGAUGGACCAUCGUGGAAGUCUUGGAUACAGGAUUAGAGACUUACCCCUAUACGGCGACCUGCGAGGAAUCUGAAGACAACUCAGCUGUGACUGUGGGAAUCACGAUCCAUCUUUCCGAUUCUGUCGUCUAUUUUGAAGAACCGCUGAUAGCAAGAUGGGAUAAUCAAGGUACGGACAAUCAGUGCAUGAUCUACUCUGUGGCUACAGUGGAAGAUUCUGACCUGCUUAUGGGGCUGAGAGAAAAAUGGAUGACGCCCAUGUCCCUCCUGAUGGUGCUGAAGAAAGCCGGCAUGAACAUCUUCCCCGCGGAAUACUCCACAAAAUAUGUCAGCGUGAACAAGAAAACCCUCUUAGCAGAAGUCAUGGUUUAUCAGCAAAUGUCUCUUGUUGCAACCUCUUUUGCCUUUGGCUGGAGCAAGUGGAACCUGAAGAGUGGAGAGAACGAUCUGGUCUUUAAGGCCUGUGAACAUCUGACUGAUGAAGAACAGAUCCUAGAAGAAGAAUGGGAACUUUACAUGUUCAACGGCCAAAGAGCUCAGAAACUUGCAAUCGACGAAGAGAGCAAUGCUUUCUCCAAGAACAUUGCAGAAGGCUCCGAAUUCCACUCCACGCUCUACCAUCUCCUGAAAGAUACCGGGAGCAAAGAUGCAAUGGACCGUGUCAAACAGAGCAACUACCUGUUCAUAGAUGCCGUGUACCAAAUGCUCCUGGCCACCAGGGUGCUGACAUAUUCCUAA